AUGACUCUGGAAGAAAUCCACAGCCAGGAGACGGUUACCGAAAGCACCAAUAGCGAUCCAGAUAAUGUGACUUUUUGUAUCCUGGCUGCAGAUGAGGAAGAUGAAGGUGACAUUGCUCUGCAAAUUCACUUCACUCUCAUCCAGGCUUUCUGUUGUGAAAACGAUAUCGACAUUGUUCGAGUCAACAAGAUCCAGAAGCUGGCAGAGAUUAUAGGUGCUAAUAAGGAUUCUGGGGAGCCCCAAGACCUACACUGCAUCUUAAUAACAAAUCCCAAUGAGAAUUCCUGGAAAGAUCCAGCUUUGGAAAAACUAAGCUUGUUCUGUGAAGAGAGCCGAAAUGUAAAUGACUGGGUACCCACUAUCACACUGCCUGAAUGA